AUGGGCUCCCAUAAUCCCUCACAACCUUCCGACAGAGGAAAGUGGGCAUCUCCCCCAGUGCCUGGGAGUGGACCUGAACCCCUCACCCCCUCACCUGCCAGUGACCUGAACCCCUCACCCCCCGACCUGCCAGUGGACCUGAACCCCUCCCCCCCCACACCUGCCAGUGACCUGAACCCUUCAACCCCCGACCUGCCAGUGGACCUGAGCCCCUCACCCCCCACACCUGCCAGUGACCUGAGCCCCUCACCCCCCGACCUGCCAGUGGACCUGAGCCCCUCACCCCCCCCGACCUACCAUGACCUGAACCCUUCAACCCCCGACCUGCCAGUGGACCUGAGCCCCUCACCCCCCGACCUGCCAGUGGACCUGAGCCCCUCACCCCACCCCCAGUGUCACAGCUGUGCAUCAUCCUCCCGCAGCUACUACCUGAAAGAGUCCAAGGGCAGCCGGCGGUGGCUCCUCUUUCUGGAAGGGGGCUGGUACUGCUUCAGCCGGGAGAACUGCGACUCCAGAUACAACUCCAUGCGGCGCCUCAUGAGCUCCAAAGACUGGCCGCGCACGCGCACAGGCACCGGGAUCCUGUCCUCCCAGCCCGAGGAGAACCCCCACUGGUGGAACGCCAACAUGGUCUUCAUCCCGUACUGCUCCAGCGACGUCUGGAGCGGGACGUCCUCCGGCUCCGAGAAGAACGAGUAUGCCUUCAUGGGCGCCCUGAUCAUCCGGGAGGUGGUGCGAGAGCUUCUGGGCAAAGGGCUGAGCGCCGCCAAGGUGCUGCUGCUGGCCGGGAGCAGCGCUGGGGGCACUGGGGUGCUGUUGAACGUGGACCGGGUGGCUGAGCAGCUGGAGGAGCUGGGCUAUCCGGCCAUCCACGUGAGGGGCCUGGCGGACUCCGGCUGGUUUCUGGACAAUAAGCAAUACCGCCGGACAGACUGCCUGGACACCAUCACCUGUGCGCCCACAGAGGCCGUCCGCAGAGGCAUCAGGUACUGGAACGGCAUGGUCCCGGACCGCUGUCGGCGCCAGUUUAAGGAGGGCGAGGAGUGGAACUGCUUCUUUGGCUAUAAAGUCUACCCAACGCUGCGCUGCCCAGUGUUCGUGGUACAGUGGCUGUUUGACGAGGCCCAGCUGACCGUGGACAAUGUACACCUCACAGGCCAGCCCGUCCAGGAGGGGCAGUGGCUGUAUAUCCAGAACCUAGGCCGUGAGCUGCGCAGCACACUCAAGGAUGUGCCGGCCAGCUUUGCCCCUGCCUGCCUCUCGCACGAGAUCAUCAUUCGGAGCCAUUGGACAGACAUCCAGGUGAAGGGGACCUCGCUGCCCCGGGCGCUACACUGCUGGGACAGAAGCCUCCAUGACAGCCACAAGGCCAGCAAGGCCCCCCUGAAGGGCUGUCCCUUCCACCUGGUGGACAGCUGCCCCUGGCCCCACUGCAACCCCUCGUGCCCCACAAUCCGCGACCAGUUCACAGGGCAGGAGAUGAACGUGGCCCAGUUCCUCAUGCACAUGGGCUUUGACGUACAGACCGUGGCUCAGCAGCAGGGACUGGAGCCCAGCAGGCUGCUAGGGAUGCUGAGCACGGGGAGCUAGGCCCCAGGCUGCCUCAGGUCCACCACCAGGCGCUCCUGCCUCUCCCAGAGCCCAUGGAGCCCUACCUGCUCCCCACCUGGGUGAGGACACCUGCGGAGCCGGCCCUGCCUUUGGAGGGCCUGGCCAGGGAGGAGGCCGCCCCCCUCAGCCCUCCCUGGAGGGUCAGCAGCACCGGACAUCCCUGCCCCGCCUCAGCGCAUCACGUCCUUUGGCAUUCUUUUAUAAAGUGACUCUUUUUUAUUACUUUAAUUUUUUAAAAAAGGAAAAUAAGAAAUAUAUGAUGAAUGAUA